UCUGCCCACGAGCUCCGUACCCCUCCUUCCCACGCUCUCUCUCUCUCUCUCUCUCUCUCUCUCUCUCGCUCGCUAUAAGUAGCGGUAUCGUUCGGUUUCUCUCUCAUCCCCUGCCUCAUCUCUCUCUCUCUCUCUCUGAGUUAUACGCGACCCGUUCCCGCCGUCGGCGUCGCCGUAGGAGGAGGGAGGGACCGAUCGGCAGCCGAUCGGGCUCGGAGCUCUGUUUCUGCGCCGCCAGCUAAUUCCUCCGUCCGACGGUAGCUAGUCCGGAGCUAAAGUUCGUCAUCGUACGACGAUAAAUAUAUUCCUGGCAUUUUGAUCCUCUGCCUUUGUUAUUGGUUUGCUGCUGCUCGUUUAUGUGCUUGGAAUUUUGCAUGCUAGCUGUCCGUAAUGUGGUUUGAUGUGCUCCUGUCUGUGCGGGGAGAGGAGGAUAGGUUAGGUGCGCGGAGGAGACAUGGCCGAUCACGCGGUUCGGUCGAUUGCAUGAAUAGCUCGGCUUAGCUGCUUGGUUGAUGAACUGACAAUGACGUCUACGCCCAGUUCUAACGAGGAACAUAAUGAGAUGUGUAAAAGGAGAAUAACAAGCAAUCGGGAUGCAGUUUAUGAGAAUAAUAUUGAAGAAUUGAUUGUGGUUUUCUAAAACUGAUAACUCCUCAACAUUAACAAAAAAUUGUGUGUGCAGUUUCCUGAAAAUAAUGUUUAGAUGUUGCUCAUGAAAGCUUUUAGCUUUUUCCAGAACUUCACAUUGAUCAUAUAUGAUGGCUACUGCUCUUUCUUAUGGUUGUUUAGACCAUUCGAUCGAUUGUAGAACUUAGAAAUUUGUGUUCAUGGAUAUAUUUUGCUUAACUUCACAGUAACCUCAACUUUGGUGCAUUAAUUAGAUUUUGUGUACGUCUUUCCGACAAUUUUUGUGUCGGUAUCAAGUAACUCCGUUAUUUGGGUGAAUCACCCGACAUGCAUUAUAUGAAGUUUAUGCAAGUGACCUGUAAACUUUAGGGCAUCCUGUUCAUGUUAUUGCUGCUCCUCUGUUAUGUUUCUUGGUGACUCUCCCCAUCUUUACUUGGGUAUUAGCUGAGUAUAUCUCGAAUUACAUGGAAGAAAUAUUAUUUUAUUUCCAUGAAACAGAGAGUCAUGUAGCAAAGUUUGUAUACCUUUGAGAAUAAUGAAUUCAGAAAAGAAAAGAUAGAAGUAAAAAUAACUAAAGGGAGCUAAUAUGGAGCGUAUCAAGUCUUCCCUCGGAUGUUUUACCAUUUUAGGAGUAUAGGGUGCAUUGCUCCCAAUUACUUGCAGGUUUAUUCACAAGAAUUGCAGAAGAUUAGGGUGCACGAGUUUGGAGACGAAACACGUGACAGGCAGCCAGCGAUCUGUAAACCAGUCCUUAACAGAGUUAACUUGUCUUACAUUGGAAACUCCUGAUAAUUCCUGCUCCAUACAUCUGGAAUGAGCUAAAGCUGCUAGCAUCUAAUAGGAUUCAGCUUCCCCUCCUCUUACUCUGAUCAAUUCCUCCUUAGAAUCCAUAUAUCAUGGCCUCCAUUGGUGGAUCAGGUUCCUCAUGACAAGGCAGGCAACAAAAGUCAGAUUGAGAAACUUGGAGCUUGCAUUAUUGAGGGAUGGCAGUAUCGGUGAGAUGCAUUGAUUGCUGGUCCCACACCCAUUUAUUGGUAGAGCUGUAUGCAGAACAAUCAUUACAGCUAUGGUGUUAAAAGUUUCGACAAGUCCUCCCUAACAUUGUUGAAACCACAACCAUGAAAACAUUUCCCCCACUAUUCUUUCUUAUCCAUGACAUUUUCUUCGGCACACAAAAUGCUAUGGAAGUAGGAAUCAUUUCGGCUGAGGAGCUUAUUCCUAUAUUCUUGUAAGUCCAGUCCUUUUAGUCCCCGCGCUACCUAUCAAGAUAGAUGAUAAAAGACUGAAGUUCUCAUGGGGUGGGUUCUUAUGGAAGAAUCUGUUGAGUCAGGAUAAACAUCUUAAGGUUUCAGUAAGGAGAGAGUUUUGCAGAGUUUUGGAUGAGGUUGGCGUAUCCAUUCGGCGCUUCAGAUGUACACUGAUAUUGAUUGCAGACUCUUCAGAGCCAUCACAUGGUCAUAUAAUGAUCUUGGUUACUUUCGGAAGCUGGUGAAUAUAAAUCUUCUGGAUGUGGGAUGCUUUAUUUGUGGAUCCUUGUAGAUCACUUGUUUGAUGAAUCUCUCUCUUGGAGACUGCUGAUUGGAGCUGUUCAAGAUUUCUUGGAUUGCAGUCAUGCUGAGUUCAAAUGGUCUUCAGGAGAAAUGAAAAGUGGAAUAAUGUCAUGGGUGUUUGGGUUAGAGGCAGAUCCAUUUUGCGGCUAUAGAGCUGCAGCUAAAUCCAUUCAUUUAUGCAGGUUUAGGUAGCGAUUCUUCAAGAUAUAUCAUCUCCAUACAAGAACAAAAUUUAAAAUGGGAGAAGUAGCUGUAUAUUCCGAGCAUCAAAAUCUUGAUCUGAGAAAUCUGGACAACGUGAUUUCUGAAGAAAAUGAAUUUGAGGAAGCAAACUCAUUUCCUCCUGAUCUGAAGGGUGGAAGCACGACUUCCUAUGAGUCAAAGGACAGUCAGGAAGCUCAGAAAUUGCUAGACAAGGGCCUCCUGCAGCAUGGAUGUUCCCAUUACCGGCGUAGAUGCCGCAUCAGAGCUCCUUGCUGUGGUCAGAUUUUUGACUGUCGCUACUGUCAUAAUGAGGCAAUGAACAACAUUAAUGUAGAUAAAAAAGAAAGGCAUGACAUGCCACGCCAUCAAAUCAGUCAGGUGAUAUGUUCACUUUGUGGCACUGAACAAGAGGUUCGGCAGGUGUGUAUCAACUGUGGAGUUUGCAUGGGGAGAUAUUUUUGCAGUACUUGCAAGCUGUAUGAUGAUGAUACAUCUAAAAGGCAGUACCAUUGUGAUGAGUGUGGAAUUUGCAGAAUUGGAGGAUCGGAGAAUUUCUUUCAUUGCUACAAAUGUGGUUGCUGCUACUCAAAUAUGAUAAAGAACAGCCACCCCUGUGUAGAAGGAGCGAUGCACCAUGACUGCCCCAUAUGUUUUGAGUUUCUGUUUGAGUCAAGGGACGAUAUAACUGCUUUGCCGUGUGGACACACCAUUCACAAGAAAUGCUUAGAGCAGAUGAGGGAGCAUUGCCAAUAUGCCUGCCCGAUUUGUUCCAGGUCGGUCUGUGACAUGUCCAAGGUAUGGGAGAAAAUUGAUUUGGAGAUUGCGGCAACACCAAUGCCCGAACCUUACCGAAAGAAAAUGGUGUGGAUUCUGUGCAACGAUUGCGGGAAAACCUCACAGGUGCAGUUCCAUGUUCUUGCUCAGAAAUGCUUGAACUGCAUUUCCUACAAUACUCGUCAAACGAGAGGGUGAAGAUGAUGUACCAGCCGUGAUCAGUCAUGGAACUCUUUCUCCGAGCCCAGGGUCUUUUAACUUGAAUGCAGGAUCUGAUAGCAUGAAGUUCAGAAGUAGAGUAGUCGGAAAUGCAGGCUCGAGAUUGUUCUUCUUAUGUGUUUCAGAUUAAUUUUUGCUGUUCUUUUUAUUUCUUCAAUCUUUGUAUCCCGUUAAAUGUGCAUCGUGCGGGAUGGUGCUGAGCAUGAUGCUUGCCCUAUUUCUCUGUCAUGCCUCAUGUUUGUUGUUUUCAAUUCAAUCAAGUCAUUUAGUGAGUCACAUGUUAGAA